GAUGCCAUGGCUGCAGGAGCGGGUCACUGUAGAGGCAGCCGCCACGUGGUUAACAGAUGGAGCCGACGAGCCUGACGGGACUGGACACCGUGCGCUCUCAACCUCUAAGUCGGUGAUGUUCUGCUUGAUCUGCACCUCUUGGACGCACACGAACUGUCCAACUGCAACCUGCUCCAAGCAGCCAGAGUCCACGUGCAGCCGCGGCAUCAAGCUUGAUGGCCGGAGGUGCCGCUCACCAUCGGCGACCAACGCCUGAGGACAAGGACGGCACGAUCUAUUUCAGAGAGCCGAUUUGAUUUUUGUUUCUGCUCCAAAGUGGAAGUCAGCUCGAUCUACUUCGUGGAGGAGACCCCUGCUCGGCUUGGUUCGCUGAUGGAAAGGAUGGGUGCUCCGUCACACGUGGGUCAUGUGGCCAGUGUCGCACCAGGCGCGGUGCGGCACCGCCGCAGAGAAUUUUUUUCCGCCGCUGACCUCGCGCACGUGCCCGUCUCGAGGACUCUGGAGUGGGGCGUGGUGUACCUGAAGACACAGCAGCGGCAGCGGCUCCGCUCCAAGUACAAUCCCGGCCCCAGCAGCCGCGACGCCACCACCGGAGCCCCGAGCGCUGCGCUUCCGGGGAGAGAGAUGGCCGCCGCCUCCACUGCCUACGCCGACGCCGACGCCGGCGCGGGGAUCAGGUCGGAGUUCCUCCAGGUCCUGCGCAGCCGCCGCCGCGACCUCCAAGUGCCUCUCUCGGUGGAGCAAGGGAGUCCAGUGAAGAACCCGAUGUAUCAAAAACCUCUGGGGCCCAAUGAGGCGGUGGCAAUGGAAUCGUGCCCAAGGAAAGAGGUGGAGAACUUCAAGGAGAAGCUGGUUGAAGAAAAUUUCUACUUAAUUAGUGAGCUAGGUGAACAAGGACGUGUACCUGUACUUCUGCUGAAACUUAAUGACCCCGUCCCUAAAAGAAAACCAGUUAUUGUAUUCUUGCACAGCUCUUACAAAUGCAAAGAAUGGCUGCGCCCACUGCUUGAGGCAUAUGCCUCCAGGGGUUACAUUUGUGUUGCUAUUGACUCUCGCUAUCAUGGUGAACGGGCCAGCAGUGAGACCACUUACAUAGAUGCACUGAAAUCAGCUUGGCGGAAUGGGGAUACAAUGCCUUUUAUUUUUGACACGGUGUGGGACCUGAUAAAACUUGGAGACCACCUUAGCGAGAGGGAGGAUGUCGAUCCCUGUAGGAUUGGGAUUACCGGUGAAUCUCUUGGAGGAAUGCAUGCAUGGUUUGCUGCUUUUGUGGACACACGAUAUAGUGUCAUUGUUCCUAUAAUUGGUGUUCAGGGAUUCCGAUGGGCCAUUGAUAAUAACAAGUGGCAGGCUAGAGCAAAUAGCAUCAAACCUUUAUUUGAAGAAGCAAGAAUUGAUCUAGGAAAGAGCGAAAUAGACACAGAAGUUGUUGAAAAGCUGCUGAGAAGUUCAUGUUCAUUGCAGAGCCCGGAAUCGGCCAUCGAAUGACAGUAAACAUGGUGAAGGAAGCGAGCGAUUGGUUUGAUCGCUUCCUCUGGUGAGUCCUGCAUCAAUGCGACAAGCAAUUGUCACCUCAUCCUCUACCACACUUCAUGAAGGGAGGGAUAGGACAGUCCAAUACCACAAAGUACCCCCUAAUAAUUUCCCUCCUUUUUUCUAUCGCAUUUUGCCGAAUGUGACUGGCAUCUAUCCAAGUUCAUUAAUAUCACUCAAUUUCUACUUGUAUACCUUGAUUAUUGCCAGCCGGGCAAAUAUGAAAAAGGGGUGCCAACACAUAAUCAUUAACUCAAUAGACAGAAUGAGAGGAAGUACCAGUUUGUCAA